AUGAUUAUACCGUUCCAGCUGCGUAGACGAUUUCUGAUGUUCAUUCCUAUCAACAGAAUCGCUAUUCUCGACUUUGAUUCAUUGCCUCAAAACUUCAUAAGAGCCCAAUCUACGUUUAUCCAGCUCUUGUUGCUGUCCCAGGAAUUGAGGCAACAGGAUGGAUGGCAUGUUGAUGUCACAGGUAAGGGGGCAUGGAGGGGCACUCUGCAGCUCUCACCGCGCUCUCUGUGUCGCGGGGGGCGCUGCAAACGAUCCUGGCCUAUCGACCCCACCGUGGAAGCUCCAGGCCUCAUUGCUGCAGAUCCCAGUGAUUUUUCCCUCUGGCACAGCUACAGCCUUCUCCUGCAUACCUUUUUGGUGACACAGGUGCUCGGGGCCCCUCCUCGUAGCAUUUUGGUUUGGGGCCGUGGUCGCCGUCGCCGUCGCCAUGGUCCAUCCCACCUCAAAACCAAGGCUCCUCCGUGGGGCUGGUCCUUGUCUGCCUUUGGUUUCCAUCCUGGCCUCAAGGGUGACGUGCAGGUGAAAGGUACCUAA